AUGGUUAUUUAUACUCAUAGAAUAUACUCACAUCCCAUGUUCAAACAAAACAGAGUGGUGUUGCUUUUUACCGACGGUGUGAACAUAGGGUUGGGGUCCAGUUUUUGACUUUGAAUUGUACCAUCUCGGCAUAUCCAUUUCGAUUAUGGCACGUAUUACUAUUUUGGAUCAAGAAGAAGCAACUAGUCACAUCAUUACCCAAAUUAAUUAAUACUCAAACCAUAAAAGUUGAUUUUAUGUUACGGUCGUUAUUUCGUUGAGCCAUAUUCUCAUUUAUGUUAUGUCAGAGUCAUUUUCAUUUCAUCACAUACUUAAUUUGUUCCCACUCAUUCUCUCUCCAUGUGCGAAGCGUGAUUCUAUAACACCUUCAACUCAAUAAUGAUUCACUAGUCUCAUUCAUCGCUUUUUCAUUCUCACUACGAUGGAGCCUUUGUUAGGAGGCGAAAGCAGUGGCAUAAGAAACCGUUCGCGAGGAGGGAGAGUUCAUCGCACAGAUGCUAUUACCUACGGUUCUAACUACGAGAAAGCCGCUGCACUCAUCGAUCUGGCUGAAGAUGGUGUUGGUAUACCUGAGCAGCUUCUGGAAUCAUCAAGCUUUCAAAGUUAUUCCAGAUAUUAUUUUAUGUUCACGAAAUUAGAUCUCCUCUGGUCUCUUUGUUAUUUUGCUCUGAUAGUCCUGAAUUUCUUGGAGAAACCUCUAUGGUGUGAAAAGACCACACAUUCUUGCAACGAUAGAGAGUAUUUCUUUUUGGGACAGUUGCCAUAUCUAACUGCUGCAGAAUGUAUUAUUUAUGAGGGAAUAAUUCUUGUUUUGCUAAGCAUUCAUACUUUCUGGCCGCUAUCGUACGAAGGGCCCCCUAUAUUUUGGAAAAGUCCUAUUAAUUUAUUGAAGGCCUUCUGUUUGUUAGUUAUCCUUGUUGAUAUGCUGGCUUAUGCUCUGUAUAUAUCCCCAGUGGCUUUUAAUUUUCUACCUUUCAGAAUUGCACCUUAUAUCAGGGUUGUUCUUUUCGUUCUAAAUAUUAGGGAGCUACGAGAAACUGUCAUCAUCGUGACUGGAAUGCUUGACACAUACUUAAAUAUCUUGGCUUUGGGGCUUCUGUUUCUUGUUUUUGCAAGUUGGAUAGCUUAUGUGAUUUUUGAAGAUACAAUACAGGGGAAAACAGUAUUCACUUCCUAUAGUGCAACGUUAUAUCAGAUGUUUCUUUUAUUUAACACGGCCAAUAAUCCAGAUGUUUGGGUUCCUGCAUACAAGUCUUCGCGUUGGUCUAUCCUGUUUUUCAUUCUAUUUGUGCUGAUUGGAGUCUACUUUGUUACAAACUUGAUCCUUGCCGUUGUUUACGAUAGUUUCAAGAGUGAGCUUGUAAAACAAGUUUCUGAGAUGGAUCGUAUGAGAAGAGCUAUGUUGGAGAAAGCUUUUAAUCUCCUAGACACAAAUAAUGAUGGAUAUCUCAAGAAAGAUCAAUGCAUUAGGCUGUUUGAGGAGGUGAACAAGUACAGGACUUUGCCAAAAAUCUCCAAGGAAGAAUUUGAGUUGAUAUUUGAUGAGCUGGAUGACACUCAUGAUGUAAAGAUUAACAAGGAUGAAUUUGCUGAUAUUUGCAAUGCCAUUGCUUUAAGAUUCCAGAAGGAGGAUGUGAAUUCUUACUUUGACUAUUUAGGAUUCUACCAUUCAUCCACCUCAAAGAGAUUGAAAGCAUUCGUAAAGAGCACCAUGUUUGGAUACAUAGUGACCUUUGUUCUCAUAUUGAAUCUGGUUGCUGUAAUUAUUGAGACAACGCUUGACGUAGAAGAAAAUUCUGCUCAAAAGGCAUGGCAAGUGGUUGAGUUCACUUUCGGGUGGAUAUAUGUAAUAGAAAUGAUACUUAAGGUUUACUCUUAUGGAUUCGAAAACUAUUGGCGGAUUGGUCAAAAUCGCUUUGAUUUUGUGAUCACAGUGACAAUUGCCAUUGGAGAAACUAUAGAUUUUGCUUCACCUGAUGAUGCUCUGCCAUUUUUCACAAAUGGAGAAUGGAUUCGUUACCUCCUUCUUGCAAGAAUGUUGAGAUUGAUAAGGCUCCUAAUGUAUGUCCAGCGAUUUCGAAGUUUCGUGGCAACUUUCUUAACUCUUAUACCAAGUUUGAUGCCAUACCUCGGGACCAUAUUUUGCAUAUUGUGUAUUUAUUGCUCACUUGGUGUCCAGAUUUUUGGUGGAUUAGUUAAUGCUGGAAACCCAGAUUUGGAAGCCACAGACCUCGCUGCUAAUGACUAUUUACUUUUUAAUUUCAAUGAUUAUCCAAAUGGUAUGGUGACACUAUUCAAUUUGCUAGUCUCAGAGGUCUGGGAAGAAUUGAUGGAGAGCUACAGGGAUUUAACUGGAACUUCUUGGUCCUAUGUGUACUUCAUUAGCUUCUACUUAAUUACCGUUUUGCUGCUUUUGAAUUUGAUUAUUGCUUUUGUCUUGGAGGCAUUCUUUGCUGAAAUAGAGCUUGAGUCAUCAGAAAAUUCUGAUGGAAAUGACAAGGAAGUUGCAGGAGAUAGAUAUCCGCGGCGACGAACUCUUGGCACAAAAUCACGAAGCCAGAGGGUUGACGCUCUUCUUCAUCAUAUGCUGAGUGCUGAGCUGAGUCAAAAUCAGCCUUCCAAUACAUAAAUCUUAGUAUAUCGUUUUCAAGGGUGCACAAAGGAGCCACUUUAUUCUGUAAAGUUUGUAAGGAUCUUUCAUGUGCUCUAUCUCUCGUGUUGUUAUGCUAUUUGAUUGGCGAGGUAUGGAACAAGGGAAAUCAAUAUGAGUAACUCCAGUAAUCUGUUGGUCAAGCCAAACGUGAUUUUUCCGUUCUUAUUUGUGGAAAAAGCACCCGAUCAAAUGCAUUGAUGAGCUUGUGCUGAAUGAGAAUAAAUCACUAGCAGUAGGAUAUUAUAUUCCAUGACACGUUCCAGGUGUUUUCUGAUUACUUUGUUGUAUUGGGAACCUUUUUAUUUAUUUGAUUUUUGUAAUCCUUCCUGGAUUUGAUUUUCUGUAUAGCCUUGUAUUUGUACUACUACCAAUAUAAUUUGGUCGGAAUGCAAACUGUUAGAUAGUUGCUUAGUAA